AUUGCGAACUUCAAAGUCCUCAAGCAAGGUCUCGCCACCCCUCAAAGAAGGCAGCAUUAUUGAGUAAGUUGCCAAAAAACGGAAGGCUACAAAUGACCACAUCCAGGGAUUCUUUCAGAUAAUAAUUUUUCUCGGAAAAAAUUGUGUAUGUGUGUGGGAGGUUGGCAUCUAUCAUCGUCAAAAAGGGGAACUAUGGUGACCAGGGCAAGCUCUGACUCCUGCGGCCCCCACCCCAAACCUUGCCCUUAAUAAACUAAUUUCAUUUAAACAGUUUAGUUUUAAAUGGAUAAAAAAAGUGGGCCCAUACUGUACUUUUUUCAAGGCCUAUCCAACCCCACCCAUACUAUACUUUGUUAAAGCCCUCAGCUCAGCCCAUAUGUUACUGUACUUUGUUAAAGCCCUCAGCUCAGCCCAUAUGUUACUGUACUUUGUUAAAGCCCUCAGCUCAGCCCAUAUGUUACUGUACUUUGUUGAAGCCUCGCCCCCUUAAUUUUUUGUGUGGAUAAAUUCAAAAUUCAGUGACGCAUUUAGAUGCAUUUUUAGUGACGUGGGGAGGGGGGGGGAGGGUGUUUCCUUCAAAGAACAUCAGAAAAUAUGCUAGCGGACGUUAAGUCUUUAAUCGGAGAACAACAGAAAAUUAGCUAGUGGAAGGGUUGACAUGUAUAACGCAGCUCGUUAUAAGUAGAAGACUAUAAUACAACCUUCAUCCACAAAGUUCUCUCAACAACUGCCCAACGAACAGUGCUGUACACCAAAGACAGACUAUAGAUGCUGUGUCACAAUUGCAAUAAAAACAUGUCACUGUAUGUCACAACCUUAAAAGCCAGCGUUAAUUAACUAAAUUGACACACAAAACACACUGUGCAGACUAAAACACAAAAUACGGUACGCAACAAUCACUAGUGAGCACCAAUACUCCACAGACCCCUAGACAUGGAAAAGAAAGUUACAGUGGCAAAAUCCAACAACAGGUUUAACAUUUCUUCUUUUUGCAAAUAAUAUUGCUUUCCAACAUUAACACUGAGGUCAAACAAUUUCCUAUUACUUAAAAAUAUAAAUUGCGAGGGGAAAAAAUUGUGUGACUGGGGGGGGGGGGGGGGGGGGGGGCCUGCUUUCUGUUAAAAAAUGUUCACUGAUCCAUUAAAAUCCCUGUUUUCAAUUUUAAAUCUGUUGCUCUUGUCAAGUUCAGUUGAACUCUUUCGGCUUUUAUUUUAUUCCCAUUAAAAAUUUGAACGAUACUGCAUUGUUUCGGGUAUUGGCUGCACCUGAUAAUAAGCCACACCACAAAAGCUUGGUGCUAUUUAAAAUGGAUUUGGAGGGGGGGGGGGGUGCCGGCAAAGCUCGGAUUGAUACAGUAGAUUAAUUUUAUGUUGUAAAUUGUAUAAUCAUUAAGAAAAAUGUGCAUUUUUGUUGAAUAAACUUUUGCCGUUGCUGACUAACAGCUCUUCCCAUCCAUUCCCCAGCCCCCCCCCAAAUGGGGGGGGGGGGUGCCGGCAAAGCUCGGAUUGAUACAGUAGAUUAAUUUUAUGUUGUAAAUUGUAUAAUCAUUAAGAAAAAUGUGCAUUGUUGUUGAAUAAACUUUUGCCGUUGCUGACUAACAGCUUCUGCCAUCCCAUCCCCAGCCCGCCCCCAAAACUCUUAACAUCUAGGACUGAAAAGCAGGAAGUACCCGAAGAUAACGUGGACGGCGAAAGUGAACAGAAGGUACACAAGGGAUCGGUCAUAGCGCUAGAGCGUCGAGCCGAGGAGCUGGGUAAUUGAAAUUAGAAUUGUAAAAUUUAAUGGUUCAAGAAUCUAGAGGAAGUGAUGCAAUUUGUCAGACAAAAUUAUUGAAACCUUACGCCUCAUUCCUUUCAAAAGAAAAUCUCGUACUAAAGUCCCACAAAUUGGUCAUACAAGACUUCAAAAGAUCUCUUGAAAAAGUCAGCCUUCUCUGUGUCUAUCUGAUACCAUAAAUAUUUUUAACCAUUAAUUUAUAGAAUUGAAAUAAUAAAAUGCAUUCAAAUACCAACAUGAUAAUUUCUUAUUCUUGUCUUCAGUUUUUCCUUUGCGAGAACCCCUGCCAUUAUAUUUUAUAUUUUAGUGUUUUUUUUAAGGUUAGCCAUAAAUAAUUGUGUUUUUUUUUCCAUCCACAGCCAAGUUUGCAGCCAUGAAUAAGUAUACCAAAAAUGCCCGGGCAUCUCUAUUCUUUCAGCAAAUCAAAGCCAUUCUCAUCAAACGGGCGACACUGUUCAGACGAAGCAUAAUAUCCUCACUGAUCAUGUUACUCUUGCCGUCUGCUAUGACCAUUCUGGGCAUCAAAGUUGACAUGCUAGCCGAUAAACUUAAACUCUCAGACCCGAUGGGCUUCUCCCUCGACCGUUUCACUGACCUUAUCGUUCCUAUUUUUAUCAGCCCCACCGGUUCUCAAAAGAUGAAGGAUGCGUACAAGAAUCAGUUCUCGUCAUCCCCAGGCGUAACUUUUCGGGAGUCGGAUGCGACAGAUGUAAAUAUUAAACCUUUAAAUCAAACAGUCUGGUGUUUUAGAUAUAAAUAGUAUACCUUGCAACCAAUGUCAUAUUUUGUUAGAUAUAAAUAGUAUGCUUUUCAACCAACGUCCUAGUGUGUUAGAUAAAAAUAGUAUACCUUGCAACCAAUGAUAUAUUUUGUUAGAUAUAAAUAGUUCACAAAACAACCAAUGUCCUAUUUAGCAGGAUACAAAUAGCAUACCUUUCAAUCUUCAACAGAUGUCCUGUUGUCUUGGCCGUACAGAAUUCAUUGAUUAUCAAAUACAGACUGAGUUAACCGAUUACCAAUUACAGAAAGAAUUCACUGAUUACCAAAUACACAGUUCACUUAUUACCAAAUACCCAGUACAGACAUAACUCACCGAUUACCAAAAACAGACAGAAUUCACUGAUUGUCAAAUACAGACAUAACUCACCAAUUAUCAAAUACAGACAGAAUUCACUGAUUACCCAAUACAGACAGAAUUCACUGAUUGCCUAAUACAGACAUAACUCACCGAUUACCAAGCACAGACAGAAUUGACUAAUUAUCAAGCACAAACAGAAUUCACCAAUUACCCAAUACAGACAUAAUUCACAGACUACUGUAACUGUUUCAUGAUCCAAGCCAGAACAAGUCAACCAGUACCUAUUAAAACUCGGAAAGGAAAUAACCAAAGUCAAAUACGACGACAAAGUGAUUGUUGGUGUUGUGAUCAACGCCUCGUCCUACACAACCGUGUUCCACCAGACUGCUUUGCAUGGCAUUGGCAUCUCUGUGAGUAGUGACUUGGCAUCUCUGUGAGUAGUGGAAUUUUAGCGGUGUCUCAACAUUGACGUGAAUGAGAUUCCUUUCCCUCUGGCUGAAUUUAAAAUCAAGGAAGGGUGUGUGUGCAUUAGGUAUUUUCACCAUCACUUGCAACAACAAAAAAUAAAAAGGGCACUCAUUGUUUUGGAGGGCAUUGGUUUCAAACUUUUUAAAACAAUGAAAUUCCCUUUAAUUUUAUAUUUUUUAAAAUUUACUAAUGCUUNCCCCCCCCCCCCCCAUUUAAAAAAAAAAAUGUCCUUUAUCCGACCCAUCCCUAAAAAAGUAUUAACAAAUAGAUUAGCUAAAGAAAGCAAAUAAAGCUGGUCACGUCUUAAGCUUGUAUUUUGUUUAUUGAACAAGUUAUUCCAUUUUCUUUUCUUCUUUUACAAAAACAAAUGGAUAUACAAAUGUUAAAUGUACUGCUAUAUAUUGAAAAUAGCUUCUCGUAAACCAGUGGCUCUCAACCUUCCCAAUACCGAGACCCUUUACACAGUUCCUCAUAUUGUGGCGGCCCCCAAACACAAAAAUAUUUUCGUUGCUUCUUCUUAACUGUAGAUUAUAUGUGUUUUCCGAUGGUCUUAUGUGACCCCUGGGAAAGGUUCGUUCGACCCCCAAAGGGGUCGCGACCCUCAGGUUGAGAACCGCUGUCGUAAACUAACAGAUGUAAUAAGAAAAAUGUCAGCAUUUUUUGGGCAUUUUCAACAAUUAUCAAUAAAAAAUGUACGCACCCCAAAGCGGUCCGCCGUGUACCCUCUAGAUAGAGGUUGGGAACCACUGACAUAGGGGAUUCAGGCCAUGACCUUGAUAAGGGUAACAUCAUUGUCUCAAUAGUAUAUCACAGCACUGACAUCAUUGUCUCAAUAGUAUAUUUAUUUAUUUAGGCAUUUUUAUAUAGCGCUUACCUUAAAUCUCUAAGCGCUUUACAAUUAUUGAAAACAUGUAAACUAACCAAAAUAAAAAUGAGACAUUAGGAUAGUAACUACUAUACUAUAGAAACAAUUAAAAUGGCUAUAAAACGAGGACACUUUGGCACGUUUUGGCCUAAAUUACAGGAUUAACCCGAGACAGAAAAUGAGGCAGGGCAAGGAGGGUGCAUCACAGGUCAUAGGCGGACCUAAACAGAUGGGUUUUAAGGGACUUUUUAAAAGUGGACGAGGUUUCACAAUGACGGAUAUGGAAGGGGAGCUGGUUCCAGAACGUGGGCCCAUGGAAGUAGAAGGAGCGUUCACCGAUGGUCUUAGUUUUGGUUCUUGGGAUUGAGAGGGUUCUAUUGUCAAUGGAAGAGCGUAGUUGUCUUGUGGGGAUGUAAGGAAGCAACAGUUCAGAGAGAUAGACAGGAAAGUGAGGGUCAGUGAACGAGUUGAAGCAUAGAUUGGCAGACUUGUACUUGAUGCGAGAGGAUAUUGGAAGCCAGUGGAGUUGCCGCAUGUGUGGUUGAAUGUGGUCAUGUUUCUUUGAUUUAAAAAUGAGUCUGCAUGCUGAGUUCUGUGCCUUCUGAAGUUUGUCUAUGUGGUGUUGAGGAAUGCCUGCGAGAAGAGUGUUACAGUAGUCAAAUUUUGAAAGAAUGAGUGAAGAGACAAGAGUUUUUGUGGCGUCAAAGGAGAGGAGGUGUCUAAUGGUGCUGAUUUUUCUAAUUUCGUUAUAUGCUGAUCUACAUAUAUUCAUGACAUGUUUGUUCAUGGAGAGGGUUCUGUAAGCGUGACUCCAAGGUUUCUGGCAGAGGGAGAGAGUGUGAUGUCAGAGUUGCAAAUAGAUAUAGAAGAAGGAGCGGAUGGAGGGAGAUGUUUGUUUUGAGAGUGGAUGUCACAGCACUGACAUCAUUGUCUAAACUUUAAAACCACAGCCCUGACAUAAUCAUCUAAAUGUUAAACCUUAGCACUGACUUCAUCAUCUAAAUGUUAAACCAUAGGCCCUGACACAAUUACCUGACAUUUUCUUAAUGUUAAAAUAUAACACUGACAUCUUUGUCUAAAUGUUAAACAAAAGACAUGACACAAUUUCUAAAUGUUAAACCAUAGCCGUGACACAAUUUCUAAAUGUUAAACUGUAGCCCUGAGAUCAUUGACUUAAUGUUAAACCAUAGCCCUGACAUCAUUGUCUAAAUGUUAAACCCUAGCCCUGACAUCAUUGUCUAAAUGUUAAACCCUAGCCCUGACAUCAUUUUCUAAACUUUAAACCAUCACCCUGACAACAUGACAUCAGUUCACGGAUCGCUGUUGUCGGUCUCAGCCUCACUGGUCGAUAACUCCUAUAACUUUCUUACAUUUAGAUGCAACUCCUGAUGAACGCCUACUGCCAGUCUCAGCUCGGCCCCG